AUGGCUCCAAGCCUAACAAAGAAUGCCCUAGACGUAAUGGGCCUUGCAGUGGAUGACACAUCAUCACAACUCCCAAUAACUCUCCAUGGAUCCAACCUUCUCGCUAAUGGCCACCCAAUCCUCACUGAAGUCCCUCUCAGCGUCACAGCAACCCUGUCACCUUUUAACAAGACCAAGCCCUCUGGCUGCUUCCUGGGAUUCGACGCGGACGAGCCCAAGAGCCGCCACGUGGUACACAUCGGAAAACUCAUCGGCAUCAGGUUCAUGAGCAUAUUCCGGUUCAAGGUCUGGUGGUCCACCCACUGGACAGGAACCACCGGAAACGACGUGGAGCACGAGACCCAGAUGAUGCUCUUGGACAAAAACGACUCCGGGCGACCCUACGUUGUGAUUCUUCCACUCCUGGAAGGACCCUUCAGAGCCUCUCUCCAACCGAGUCAUGCAAACGACGACUAUGUGGACAUGUGCGUGGAAAGCGGCUCGAAACGUGUCAGCGGCUCGAGCUUUAGAAGCUGCUUGUACAUGCACGUCGGCGAUGACCCUUAUAGUUUGGUCCACGAGUCAAUGAAGGUGGUGAGGGCCCACUUGGGGACGUUCAAGCUCCUAGAGGAGAAAGAUGUACCAAAAAUAGUUGACAAGCUUGGGUGGUGUACAUGGGAUGCGUUCUAUCUUAUGGUGCACCCCAGAGGGGUGUGGGAAGGUGUGAAGGGCCUAGUGGAAGGUGGGUGCCCUCCAGGACUAGUCCUCAUCGACGACGGAUGGCAAUCGGUCUGCCACGACGAGGACCCGGUGGAGGGGCAAGAAAGCAUGACCAGGAUAUCAGCCGGGGAACAAAUGCCAGGCAGGCUGAUUAGUUUUCAUGAGAAUUAUAAGUUUAAGGACUAUGAGGGUGCGUCUAGCAAGGGCAUGGGUGGCUUUAUAAAGGAUUUGAAGGAGGAGUUUGGGAGUGUGGAGCAUGUGUAUGUGUGGCAUGCGCUUUGUGGAUAUUGGGGUGGGAUUAGGCCAAGGACUAAUAGUCCAGGGAUGCCUGAAGAGUGCAGGGUGAUUAAUCCUAAGUUGUCUCCGGGAUUGGAGAGGGCAAUGGAGGACAUGGCGGUGGACAAAAUUGUGAGGAAUGGAGUAGGGUUGGUUCUGCCGGAGGUGGCGCACAAGUUGUAUGAGGGGAUGCACUCUUAUCUUCAGUCGGCGGGGAUCGAUGGUGUUAAGGUUGAUGUCAUACACUUGCUUGAGAUGUUAUGCGAGGAUUUUGGGGGUCGGGUUGAGCUGGCGAAAGCCUACUACAAGGCACUGACUGCUUCCAUGAGGAAGCAUUUCAAUGGCAAUGGGGUGAUUGCUAGCAUGCAGCACUGCAAUGACUUUAUGUACCUCGGAACCGAGGCCAUAGCCCUUGGACGUGUUGGAGAUGAUUUUUGGUCUGAGACGACAGCGGAAGCAGAUGGAACAUAUUGGCUGCAAGGGUGUCACAUGGUGCACUGCGCCUACAAUAGCCUUUGGAUGGGCAACAUCAUACAGCCAGAUUGGGACAUGUUUCAGUCUACUCACCCUUGUGCUGAAUUCCAUGCUGCAUCAAGAGCUAUAUCCGGAGGACCAAUCUACAUUAGUGACUCUGUCGGAAAGCACAACUUCAAGCUUCUUAAGAGCAUGGUGCUGCCUGAUGGGUCCGUACUGCGAUGUCAACACUAUGCCCUUCCUGCUGGGGAUUGCCUAUUUGAAGACCCUUUGCAUGAUGGCAAAACAAUGCUCAAAAUAUGGAACCUCAACAAAUGUACUGGAGUUUUGGGUGCUUUUAAUUGUCAAGGCGGAGGAUGGUGCUCGAAAUCCAGGCGGAACAAAAUUUUCCCCGACUGCUCGAAGUCUGUGACUUGUUUUGCUAGUCCAAAAGACGUGGAAUGGAAUCAAGGGAAGAACCCCAUUUCAGUACAAGGAGUGACCAUAUUUGCUGUGUACACGUUCCAGCAGAACAAGCUGAAGCUCUUGAAGCCAUCAGAGAAGGUAGAGAUUCCACUUGAGCCUUUUAGUUUUGAGCUCCUCACUGUUUCUCCGGUGAGGGUCUUGCGGAAGAAACUGAUCCAAUUUGCUCCGAUUGGAUUGGUCAACAUGCUCAACACUGGCGGUGCAAUUGAUUCAGUAGAAGUUGAGGAGCAGGAGGGGAACCCUAGUUUGGUGAGAAUUGGAGUGAUGGGUUGUGGAGAAAUGAGAAUGUUUGCUUCAGAAAGGCCAACUGCUUGUGAGAUCGAUGGAGAUGGAGUGAAGUUUGAUUAUUUUGAUAAGAUGGUCAGAGUCCAAGUGCCAUGGCUUACUUCUUCAAGAUCAGUUCUAGUUGACUACUUGUUUUGA